GCUGUUGGAAAGAUGGCAACGGACUGGCAAGGCCUGGCGGUGCAGCAAGCUGAACUAAUUUCGAGCCGUGUACGUGAAGUCCUGUCCUUGGGAGUGAAGUUCCUAAAAACCGAGCUUGGAGUAGAAAUAGACGUAAAGCCAGAGCUUUGCCCAUCAUGGAUCAUUCUCUCGACUGUAUUUAUCGGUCUGUUUGUGGUGGCUGUGCUUACGUGGGUAGCGGCCUGCAGCGUUGGAAGAAAGCGGAGACCUAUCGUGAGUGAGAGUAACGUUAGUGAUGUUGUGGAGGCCUCAGUGACCAAGAUUAUCAAAACCGAGGAACCCAAAAAGAAGAACAAGAAGAAAUCAAUCGACAAGAAACCUCAGCCAAACGGUCGGACUGCAUCAGAACCACCCGAGGAAGUCAAAGCCGCUGAAGACAUCCCCAAGCCGCAAACUGAGAGUAAAUUUGACAAGGUGAAGAAAAACAAAAAGAAGGCUAAACUUGAGGUUAAACCAACCCAGGCCCCUCUGCCAUCACCGGAAGGCAAAGAGCCAGAUGAAGGUAACUGGGAAACAAAGGUCAGCAACAAGGAGAGGCGACAGCAGCGCAAGAAAGACAAAGGCCCAAACGAUGAGAGUCCUAGAGGAGGGGACAGGAGUGGUCACCAGGGGGAGCUAGCUACAGCUGCACCAACAGCCUUCUCGGGAUCCAGGAAGAACAGAGAUUCAGCACAUGCUAAGGCUGGUAAGGCUGACUCUGCUGUGGGCCAAGCUCCUGGCACUUGGACUGAGGUGCCGUCGGUGAAUAGCAGAGGAUGGACUGACCCCACUUUGAAACUGGGAUCAGCAGUGAGCCCUUCAGACAGUGAGAAGUGGUCACCCAUGAUGAAGCCAUCUGGACACAGGAACCCUGAGCCACUGGUUUGGACCCAGGAGACGGAUGGAGGGUCUUGGAGCAGCAUGGACGGACGGAUGAAGAGUGAACUCAACCCUGUGAACUAUGUGUUGGGCCUGAACUCUGGUGGUGAGCCCAUGUCCCAGCCAGCAGCAGACCUCCAGUGGGACAGUUUAGCCAGUGUUGACGAGUGGUCCAGCUUCAGGGCAGAUGGUUUGGCUGCAGUGGACCCCACCUCUGAUUGGAAUGCCCCGACAGAGUUGUGGGGAAAUUAUGAGGAGCCGGCAGUGGACAUUCCUGCCCCAGCAGCAGCACCGGUCAGCCAGCAGUCAAUAGACUCAGAUGAUGACAAAGAGAAGGGUGAUGGAGGAAUCGCAAAAUCCAAGAAGAAGAAGAAAAAGAAGAAGAAACAAGAUGAGGGUGAUGGAUCAGAGAUGGAGAGUGGCUCAUCCAAACCACAGGCAUACGCAGCUAUGGGAGAGCCAGGACCUGGCAAACAGAGCACACCUCCUCCAGCAGUUCAGAAAAAAAAUGGAACAGAAUACAGAAGUUCCUAAGCAGAAGAAGAAGGCCAGAAGAGAGACAUGAUUGCAGGGCUGGGCAUUAUGGGUGUCCUCGUGCAAUAAUCACACAGUGCAGAUUUUUAUGCCAGAAAACACUGACUGUGCUGCUCAGAAAUCCAAAAAGCACACUAAAUAAACAUGACAAACGCUGAGCUGGAUCAGCACAGUAGACAAGGUUCUGCAGAACAUGCCGGUCCAGAGUGCUGAAUCCUAACCAUGUGCACUACCAGCCAGCCUUCAGAAAGGAAAGGUUUCUAGCUAACAUGGUCCUCUUUUUUGCUGUGGGUGACAAGAAUACAAAUCAUUAUUUUUUAUCUCUAUGAAUAGUACUUCUGAAAGCUGUGUCUUAUAGGUAAUGUGAAACUUUCCUGGAAACACGAAAGACAUUUUAAGGAACAUGUUUACUUUGAAUGUUUCUUCUCUCACCUUUCUGUGGUAUUUUUGUACUGGUGAUUUGCACGCAGUAGUGUUGGUACUACAGAUGUGUAGUGGUCGAUAGGACAUCCCCUCUAGAGAGGCACUGAGACCGAGGAAGCCAGACGCACUGCAGGGUGAACAGCAGGGGCAGCAAAGUCGUAUGGUUUCAUUGAGAUGUCAGAGGGACGAUCCCAAUUAUGACAGAGUCCUGUCAUAGGGCUCCCUUUGCACACACACACACACACACUACAUUAUGUCCUCCAUGUUUUUAAAAGUCUGAAAACGCACUUAUAUGAGAUCUGGCCUCCAUUGUACAUAUGUGUGCAUAUUCAGUUUAUCAAAUGUUUAAAUUUAGUAAGGAAAUGCCAUCCUUGAUUCAGAGCUGUUCUGUGCUAUGUUAGCUUUACCUUUAGAUGUGUUCUUUUUGUCUUUAUGUGGCAACCUCCAUGUUCUGUCCAAAGGGCUUUCUCCUAUUCUUCUCUGUGAUUGCACUGUGUCACUGGCUCUACUGCACCUUUGGAGUUAUUUGGCUUCAUUUUUUUAAUUGUGAAAUGUGAAAGUUUUGCAUUGGAUUUGGGGUAUUGAUGUAAUAUUAGAGGAUUGCUUGAGCAGCUCUAAAGUCCAUGUCUCUGACAUUUCUAUCAGGUUAAUUCUGUUGCCUUAACCUAUAGUUUUAUAGUUAAAUUUUAGAUUGUAGAAGUCCCUUUUGCAGGCUAUGGCUGCACUGCCCAGUCUUUAGUGGGAUUUAUGUCAGAACAGCACUUAUUCUUGCAUGAAUUUGAUAUACAGUCUAAUAUAUCAUUAAAUACCAUGGUCAGCAUCAUAUCAUUUGCCUGUUUACCAUUCACUGUAAAUAUUCUUUUAUGACCAAGGGUCCACAGAGGCUUAAGACAUCAAGCUUGAGCCAAAUUGGAUUGAUUUUUCAUGUCCGCUUUUGUGAAGUUGAAGUUUUUAAGCAGUCAUGAUUGCAAUCCCUUGAUGAUGUUCUGCCCCUUGGUCAGUUGUGGAUCUCAGAGGUGCGUUCCGGUCCUGUGCUAGAGGUGACCCCUGCUUGUGAGGGGUGAGGCAAGAUAUCACCUUAUGUGUCUGUUAACCUAGGCCUGCUGGUUUUAUGGAUUAGAGACAACUAUGUUUACUGAAGUUGCGGCAAUAUUUCUAUGUUGAUUUGUUAAAAUAAAUUUGAUCUACAAAA